GAAUAACUUCAUCCGCAACUACCUGAGCGUCUCCCUUUCGGAGCAGCACAUGGCUACACUGGCCAGCAUCAUCAAGGAAGUGGAUAAGGAUGGGCUUAAGGGCACGUCGGAUGAGGAGUUUGCUGCUGCUCUGUAUCACUUCAACCAUUCCUUGGUGACCUCAGAUCUUCAGUCCCCUGCCUUGCAGAACACGUUGCUUCAGCAGCUGGGGGUUGCCCCUUUUUCUGAAGGUCCAUGGCCUCUCUACAUCCACCCUCAAAGUCUGUCGGUGCUCUCACGACUUCUCCUGAUUUGGCAGCAUAAAGCCACUGCCCAGGGAGAUCCUGAUGUUCCAGAAUGCCUUAAAGUUUGGGAAAGGUUCGUGGGCACGCUGAAGCAGAACGCCUUGCAGGGGACUCUUCCCAGUGACACAGAAGAUCUGAAUGUUGAACAUCUCCAGCUGCUCCUGCUGAUUUUCCACAAUUUCUCUGAGAGGGGCCGCAGGUCUAUCAUGAUGCUCUGUAUCCAGACAAUUGUGGAGCUGACAGUGAACAUGGAGACCCAGCAAUCCUCUGUGCCUCUCCUCGUAGCGCGUCUUCUCUUGGUGUUUGACUACCUGCUCCACCAGUACUCCAAGGCCCCCGUGUACCUGUUUGAACAGGUGCAAUAUAAUUUGCUGACUCCACCCAUUGGCUGGGUGAGUGGAUCCCAGGACAGUAACAGGAGAACAUCUGUCCCACUUUAUCAUGGGUUUAAAGAAGUGGAAGAAAACUGGUCCAAACACUGCUCAUCAGAUGCAGUUCCACAGCCCAGGUUCUACUGCAUCCUGUCUCUUGAAGCCUCUGAAGAUGAUCUGAACCGUCUGGAUAGCACGGUUUGUGAGGUCCUUUUCUCCAAGACUAUGAAAUAUGAUGAGCUUUACACUGCCCUGACCUCUCUGCUGGCAGCUGGGUCACAGUUUGAUACACUCAGGAGGAAAGAGAACAAGAAUGUCACUGCACUGGAAGCCUGUGCCCUUCAGUACUACUUCCUGAUCCUGUGGCGGAUACUGGGGAUUUUGCCUCCUUCCAAAACCUACAUGAACCAGCUGGCUACCAACACACCAGAGAUGAGUGAGUGUGACAUCCUGCACACCCUGCGCUGGUCCUCGCGCCUGCGCGUCGCCUCCUACGUCACCUGGAUCAAGGAUCACCUUACCAAGCAGGGUAUGAAGGCUGACCAUGCUGCUUCUCUCAUUGAACUGGCCUCCAGCAAGUGCAGCUCAGUGAAGUACGAUGUGGAAAUAGCAGAGGAAUACUUUGCUCGGCAGAUCUCUUCUUUCUGUGGUGUUGACUGCACAACCAUUCUCCAGCUGCACGAAGUUCCCAGUUUACAAUCCAUUUACACCCUUGAUGCUGCCAUUUCCAAGAUUCAGGUUUCUCUAGAUGAGCACUUUUCCAAACUAGCUGCAGAAACUGAUCCACACAAGUCUUCAGAGAUAACCAAGAACCUCCUCCCUGCCACGCUACAGCUCAUUGACACGUAUGCCACGUUUACCAGAUCUUACUUGCUACGAAGCCUCUCUGAAGAGGGCUCCCCUGAGAACAGACCCUCUGAGGAGAAGCUCCGAGGUUAUGCUGCUGUCCUGGCCAUCGGCUCCAGCCGCUGCAAGUCUAACACUCUAGGUCCAACACUGGUUCAGAACUUACCAUCAGCUGUACAGACCUUGUGUGAAUCAUGGAACAACAUUCAUACAAACGAGUUUCCAAACAUUGGCUCGUGGCGCAAUGCCUUUGCCAACGACACCAUCCCUGCUGAGAGCUACAUCAGUGCUGUCCAGGCUGCCCACCUUGGCACUCUCUGCAGCCAAAGUCUACCUCUUGCAGCUUCCCUAAAACACACCCUUCUCUCCCUGGUCAGGCUCACUGGGGAUCUCAUUGUCUGGUCAGAUGACUUGAACCCACCACAGGUGAUUCAUUCCCUAUUGCCCCUCCUUUUGGAGACCAGCACAGAGAGUGUGGCAGAAAUCAGCAGCAACUCCCUAGAAAGGAUCUUGGGCCCUGCAGAAUCUGAUGAAUUCCUGGCACGUGUUUAUGAGAAGUUGAUCAUGGGCUGCUAUAACAUACUGGCCCAUCACUCUGACCCAAACAGUGGCCUGGAUGAGUCCAUUUUGGAGGAAUGUUUGCAGCAUCUGGAGAAACAGCUGGAGAGCAGCCAGGCCCGAAAAGCCAUGGAGGAAUUCUUUUCAGAAAGUGGAGAACUGGUGCAGAUCAUGAUGGCAACAGCCAAUGAGAACCUCUCGGCAAAGUUCUGUAACAGAGUGCUGAAAUUCUUCACCAAGCUCUUCCAGCUCACUGAGAAGAGCCCCAACCCCAGCCUGCUGCGACUUUGUGGCUCUUUGGCUCAGCUGGCUUGUGUGGAGCCUGUACGUCUCCAGGCCUGGUUAACCAGGAUGACCAUGUCCCCACCCAAAGAUUCAGACCAGCUGGAUGUCGUGCAAGAGAACAGGCAGCUGCUGCAGCUCUUGACAACUUACAUUGUUAGGGAGAACAGCCAAGUUGGAGAAGGCGUGUGCACUGUUCUGCUGAGUACUCUGAUACCAAUGGCUACAGAAAUGUUGGCCAAUGGUGAUGGCACAGGAUUUCCUGAGCUGAUGGUCGUGAUGGCAACUUUGGCUAGUGCAGGACAAGGUGCAGGACACCUCCAGCUUCAUGGUGCUGCUGUUGACUGGCUGGGCAGAUGCAAGAAAUACCUGUCUCAAAAGAAUGUGGUAGAAAAGAUGAAUGCAAACGUCAUGCAAGGGAAGCAUGUGACAAUCCUGGAGUGUACUUGCCACAUUGUCUCAUACCUGGCUGAUGUCACUAAUGCACUGAGCCAGAGCAGUGGCCAAGGACCAAGUCACCUUUCUGUGGAUGGAGAGGAACGGGCCAUCGAGGUGGAUUCAGACUGGGUGGAGGAGCUGGCAGUGGAGGAGGAGGACUCUCAGGCUGAAGAUUCGGAUGAAGAUUCUCUUUGUAACAAACUCUGUACCUUCACCAUCACACAGAAAGAAUUCAUGAAUCAACAUUGGUAUCACUGUCACACUUGCAAGAUGGUUGAUGGUGUUGGUGUUUGCACUGUCUGUGCUAAAGUUUGUCACAAGGAUCAUGAGAUUUCUUAUGCCAAAUAUGGAUCAUUCUUCUGUGACUGUGGAGCCAAGGAAGAUGGCAGUUGCCUGGCUUUGGUGAAGAGAACUCCCAGCAGUGGUAUGAGCUCUACCAUGAAAGAAUCUGCCUUCCAGAGUGAGCCCAGAGUGCCUGAGAGCGUCAUUCGCCACGCAAGCACCUCUCCUGCAGAGAAAGCCAAGGUCACCAUCAGUGAGGGGAAGGGCCCUGAUGAAGAGAAACCCAAGAAGAGCAGCCUGUGUAGAAACGUUGAGGGCUGUCGAGAGGAGUUGCAGUCCCAGGCCAACUUCUCCUUUGCACCUUUGGUGCUGGAGAUGCUGAAUUUCCUGAUGGAUGCCAUCCAGAUAAACUUCCAGCAGGCUUCAGCCAUGGGGAGCAGCAGUCGUGCUCAGCAAGCUCUCAACGAGCUCCACACUCUGGACAAGUCAGUGGAGAUGACAGAUCAGUUGAUGGUCCCAACUCUUGGCUCUCAAGAGGGAGCUUUCGAGAACGUCCGGAUGAACUACAGCGGGGACCAGGGCCAGACCAUCCGGCAGCUGAUCAGCGCCCACGUCCUGCGGCGCGUGGCCAUGUGUGUGCUCUCCUCCCCACACGGCCGGCGCCAGCACCUGGCUGUCAGCCACGAGAAGGGCAAG